UUAUGUGUACUUUAGACGAUGCUGAUAGACUUCAUUUGAUUGAGUUUUGUUUACAAAUGUGGUUGUCGUGCAGUUGACGAACAUACAAUGUCGGAUAUUUGGGAGUCGAUCAAGGGAACCAAAGUUCUGUCGUCCGAGGAGACUGAUCUGUUAGAUCGGCAGAAUUCACGGCUUGUCACCGAAUUUAAGGCGAAUCAAUUGGAAACGGAUGCACGACGAAAUUGGGACCUUUUCUACAAACGCAACGAUACGAGAUUCUUUCGUGAUCGACACUGGACAACGCGUGAAUUUCAAGAAUUAAUCGAUGAAAAUGACGGUGACUCAAAGCGCGUUCUACUCGAAGUUGGUUGCGGCGUUGGCAAUUUCGUAUUUCCAUUGAUUGAAGAUCAAUUCAAUAAAAAUUACUUCAUUUAUGCAUGUGACUUUAGUCAACGUGCCAUCGAUUUUGUUCAACAAAAUCCACUGUAUAACGAAGACAUUAUUCGCGCAUUCCAAUGUGAUAUCACAACUGACACGAUUUUCGAAACAAUCAAACCGAAUUCCGUGGAUAUUAUUUCAAUGAUUUUUGUUCUAUCGGCAAUUCAUCCAACUAAAUUUGAAACCGUUCUCAGGGCGAUGUUUCGAUUGCUGAAACCAGGCGGUACUUUACUAUUCCGUGAUUAUGGACUUCAUGAUAUGGCACAGAUUCGAUUCAAACCGGGCAAUAAAAUUGGUGAAAAAUUUUAUAUGCGACAAGAUGGUACACGCAGUUACUACUUCUCAACGGAUGAACUCGAUGAAUUGGUGCGAAGUGUCGGCUUUGACAUUCUUGCCAAUGAAUAUGUGCACCGAAAAACGAUAAAUAUCAAGGAAAACGUGGAUAAAGACCGAAUUUUUGUUCAAAGCAAAUUCAAACGGCCCCAAAAUACCUUAGCUGAAUAACAAAUGGUUUCUCUUUUAUUUUUUUUUUUUGAUUACAUUACAUUAACAGAAAACAAUAUUGUAAAUAAACAUAAGAUAAACAUAAUGAAUGCAUUUAACAUUGAGU